ACAAAUCAAUAAUUCAAAAAGCCUCGACUUUACUCUCUCAUCAUGUCAAAAUCUUCUGAACCGCCUGAUCCUUACCAGCUUCUCCAAAUUGUACUCAAUCCUGAAGGUACUGUCACUCUCUCCCUUGAAGAUCCACACACACCAGCCACAUCUGAUCCCAACCUUCCCAUCGCAGUUCUGACCAAGGAUUUCAUCAUUAACCAAUCGAACAACACCUGGGUUCGAUUAUUUGUGCCUCGCAAAUUAUUCAAUCAUCAUCCCUCCAACAACAAGAAGCUUCCUCUUAUCGUUUACUUCCAUGGAGGUGGUUUCAUCUGCUACAGCGCAGCUUCCACCGUUGUCCAUGACUUUUGUUCAAAGAUGGCAACUGACAUCGAAGCGGUGGUAGCCUCCGUAAAUUACCGCCUUGCUCCGGAGCACCGGUUGCCGGCCGCUUACGAAGAUGCCGUGGAGGCGCUUCACUGGAUCAAAACCUGCCCUGACGGCUGGUUGAGACAGUUCGUUGACUAUUCCAAUUGCUACUUGAUGGGGAAUAGCGCAGGGGCUACAAUCGCUUACCAUGCAGGCCUACGUGUGGCUGAGAAAGGUCAGGAUGAUUUGGAGCCGAUGAAGAUCAAAGGGCUGAUAUUGCAUCAACCCGGCUUCGGCGGGACCCAAAGGACGGAGUCGGAAAUGAGACUAGAGAAGAAUCCAGUACUUCCGAUGUGUGCGUGUGACCUGUUGUGGGAGCUAGCUCUGCCAGUAGGAGCAAACCGUGAUCACGAGUACUGUAAUCCGACGGCGCCGCGUGGACCGGAGAAGAUGGAGAAGAUAAGGGUGGCGGGGUGGAGAGUGAUGGUGAGUGGGAAUGGGGAGGACCCACUGGUUGACAGAGGCAGAGAAGUGGUGAAGAUGAUGAAGAAGAAGGGAGUGAAGGUGGUGACUGAUUUUGUUGAACAAGGAACUCAUGGCGUAGAGUUCGUGGAUCCCUCAGUGGCUUCGCGACUCAAUCGAGUCCUCAAACGCUUCAUUUCUUCAUCCAAUAAGUGGGGGGAAGGAGGAAGGCAAGUCUUGAGAUGAUUACAUGACAAAAUAAUGUGGUGGGUUGUUGAAACGUCCUAUAUUCUA